CCUAGGUCUGAUGACGGUCGGCUAAUUUGGCGCCUCGCGCCUCGCGUCGUUUCUGAUUUAAUACACACUUCCCUCCCAAAUCACCGCGACGAGCCGGCGGAAAUCCUUCACACUAUGGAGAAAAACGACCAAAACUACGAAUAUACUUUUCCUGACGAGAUUGCCGAGCGCAUAAACAAUUGUCUGGGAUGGGGCAACACUGGAUUCAUCGAGCUCGUUCCUCCAGGUGAUCGUGUCAGAAAAUUUCCUCACCCGCAAAACAGAGGCUACGACAAGCAAUGGCAAGUUCAACAGCUGUGUCGCGAAGUCGAAGUCUAUCAGUGGCUGCCCAAGAUCCACCCGAGACUGGUGCAGAUGUUUGAUUACUCUUUGGACGUUGAUGAUGCAUUCGUUACGCUGGAAUACAUGCCAACCGGCACAUUGAGCAAAUACCUAGCCUCCGAUCAGCCAAUUUCAGAUGCGCAACGCGCCGCUUGGUGUUUUGAGGCUGCAGAGGCGGUGGCACUCCUUCAUUCGCACAACAUUAUCCAUGCCGACAUCAAACCUGAAAAUAUGGUGCUCGAUAAGAAUCUCGGCUUGCGGAUCAUCGACCUAUCUGGAUGCGCGAUAGACGUCAAAGAUCCCCUUUGCUUGGAGUCGACAAGAUACUAUCUCCCGCGAGACAUGAAGACUGACCCUUUAUGUAGCGUGGAGACAGACCUCUUUGCCUUGGGAUCCAGUCUCUAUGAAAUUGCCGCCGGCGUACCACCCUAUAGCCAGCUAGAAGAUGAGGACGUGGAAGAGAGGUACAGGAAGGGAGAGUUCCCGCCACUCCAAGGACUCAUGUGCGCCUCGGUCAUCCAGGCUUGCUGGCGGUGCGAAUACAUAUCUGCCGAGGACGUCGUGGCAGCUAUUCAAGACCACCAUGGCCCUUCAAUGUCGCGUCGAUACGUCAGUUGAUGGUUUUGGCCCUUGUCCUGUUUCUUUCAGCGUGUUCUCUGGAGACCAUCUUGUGGCUUUAUUUCGCAUAAGUGUAGCAUCCUUCGCAUGCAGACUUCGUUUCUUUUUCAUUGAAAUCGAUCCAAAGGGGGUAGGAAAGUUCCUGCGCCAUUUAGGGAGCGUCCUCGUCGCCACCCAAGGGAAAUCAAGAGAUCGAUGGGGAGUUCUCGACAGUGAAGAUACUGUGGGCUGGGAUUGAAUUCCCGCUGUUUGUUUUAUUGUUUACGGUUUGUAAAGUCAGAUCCAUGUCGACGAGAAGAGCUGCCUCCUCCAUAUUUAUGACGCGCCCAGGCUGCCAGGCAACAUGAAAGCUGGCCGUAAAGCGGCAACGCUGGCUACCCACCUCGCUCCACCUCACCUGCACACAUCAAUGAGUGACGACUGGAG